AUGGACGCCGUCGACUCCGUCGUGGAACCCCUCCGCGAGUUCGCCAAGGACAUCGUCCGCCUCGUCAAGCGCUGCCACAAGCCCGACCGAAAGGAGUUCACCAAGGUGGUCGCGCGGACGAUGGUCGGGUUCGUCGUCAUGGGGUUCGUCGGCUUCUUCGUCAACCUCAUCUUCAUCCCCAUCAACAACAUCAUCGUCGGCUCGGGCUAUAUGUCCGUUCUGUAUCCUGAGAUGAUUUCCCUGUCGCUUGUGUAG